GGGGGCGCGGGACGGCCGAGCCCCGGAGCCCCUCGCGCCCCCGCAGACCCGCCCAGGUGGCCGGGGGGGCGGGGACACGCCGAGUUCCCAUUUGGAGGGAAGGGCGCUAGAGAGCGCUCCCAGAAAUGACGGACUUUAGGACCCUGGGGAAGAGGGCCCAGAACUGGGACCGAGGGGGAGCUGGGCUCAGAGGGGAGCGGACCCGGCGGGUCGGGCCGGGGAGUUCGGUCCCCAGCCUCGGGUUCCGGCUCCGCAGAGGCCUUUACUCCUGUAAAUGAGGCUCCUGGAAUCCACUACGGCUGCCUGAGGUCCGCAUCCAGCCUGGACAGAGAAGGCUCAGACUCCGUCCUCUCUCUCUGAAGUCCUUCCCCCCUCCCACUCCAGCUGGCAGAGGAUCCAAGCCCGGAACCAGAGACAUGGCCCCUGGCAGCCGGAGCCCCUCGUCCCAGGAGUUGGUGACAUUCAAGGAUAUUAUGGUGGACUUCACCAAGGAGGAGUGGGGGCUCCUGAACCCUUCUCAGAAGGAGCUCUACAAGGAGGUCAUGCUGGAAAAUGUCCAGAAUCUGCUGUCCCUGGAUAUAAAGACCAGAUUUGAAGUAAAUAAGUUGAAUAGGAAGGUGGAAACUUUUGUGGAAGAACAUGACCAGCAAAGAUUCAAGAGUGGUGGUUCCUGUGACUUCAAAUUGAAAAAAAUCCAUGAUUCUGAUAUCAAAAUAGAUAUAAAGCCAAAGAGUGAUUAUGAAUUUGAUGAAAUUGGAAAGAAAUUCAUUCAGCUUUCAGUUCUAAAUUACUGUAAGAAAAUGGCCUCAGCAAGUGAUCAUUUUCAAGAUCAGAAAUAUAAGAAAUGCUUUAUGGAACAGGUAGAACUUUUACGGUCUUAUAAGGAAGCUCCUGAAAUGCUACUAAAUCUAGAUAAUCAAUUAGACAUAGCCUUCGGCAGGAGUUCAGACCUCAUUAAACAUCCGAAAAGUGAUAUUGGAGAAAUGCUUGGUGUAAGUAAUCAAGGUACAAAGGCCUUGAGUCAGAACUCUAAGCUCAUUACUCAUCAACUAAAUCAUAGUAGAAAAGAGUCUGAUGAAUAUAAUGGAUGUGAUACAACCUCAUCCCAUCACUCAUCUCUUUCAUACCGUUCUAGAAUUCAUCCUGGAAGAAAAAGGUACGCAUGUGAUCAGUGUGGGAAGGCGUUUGCUUGGAAAUCAGGUCUUGUUCGACCUCAGAAGAUUCCUACUGGGGAGAAGUUGUAUAAAUGUACUGAAUGUGGGAAGGCUUUCUGCUACAGAUCACUCCUUAUUGGACUUCCAAGAAGCCACACUGAAGAGAAACUUUAUGAGUGUAAUGAAUGUGGAAAAACUUUUACAAAGAAAUACACAUUUGCUUUACAUCAAAGAAUUCACACUAAAGAGAAACCUUUUGAAUGUAUUCACUGUGGAAAGGCUUUCAGAUAUAGGUCCAAUCUAGCUACGCAUCAGAGAAUUCACAUUGGAGAGAAAUCUUUUGAUUGCAAUCAGUGUGGAAAGACUUUCACACAGAGGUCCAGUCUUACUAAACACGAGAGAAUUCAUAAUGGAGAGAAAGUUUUUUAUUGUAAUCAGUGUGGCAAAGCUUUCACACAGAGCUCCAAUCUAGCUACACACCAGAGAAUCCACACUGGAGAAAAACCUUUUAAAUGUAAUCAGUGUGGAAAGGUUUUCACACGGAAGUCCACUCUUGCUGAACAUCAGAGAAUCCACAAUGGAGAGAAAUCUUUUGAUUGUAAUCAAUGUGAAAAGGCUUUCACACAGAGGUCCAGUCUUACUAAACAUCAGAGAAUCCAUAAUGGAGAGAAACUUUAUUGUAAUCAGUGUGGAAAGGCUUUCACACAGAAGUCCAGUCUUGUUAAACAUCAGAAAAACCAUAAUGGAGAGAAACCUUUUGAUUGCAAUCAAUGUGGAAAGGCUUUCACACAGAGGUCUAUUCUUGCCAAACAUCAGAGUGUCCACAAUGGACAAAAGCCUUAUAAAUGUAAUCAAUGUGGAAAGUCUUUCACACAGAGGUCCCAUCUUGCUAAGCAUCAGAAAAUCCACACUGGAGAGAAAGCUUAUGGAUGUAAUCAAUGUGGAAAAGCUUUUAUAUUCUCUUACAAUCUUGCUGCACAUCAGAGAAUUCACACGGGAGAGAAAUGUUACAAAUGUAAUCAAUGUGGAAAGACUUUUGGGUUCAGCCCCAGUCUUGCUAAACAUCAGAGAAUCCACAGUGGAGAGAAACCAUUUCAAUGUAAUCAGUGUGGGAAGACUUUCACACAGAGUUCUAAUUUAGCUGUACAUCAGAGAAUACAUACUGGAGAGAAACCUUUUGAUUGUAAUCAAUGUGGAAAGACUUUCACACAAAGGUCCAGUCUUGCUGAACAUCAGAGAAUACACACUGGAGAGAAACCGUUUGAUUGUAAUCAAUGUGGAAAGGCUUUCACACAGAGGUCUAGUCUUGCUAAACAUCAGAGAGUCCACAAUGGAGAGAAACUUUUUGAUUGUAAUCAUUGUGAAAAGGCUUUCACACAGAGCUCCAGUCUUGUUAAACAUCAGAGAAUCCAUACUGGAGAAAAGCCUUAUGAGUGUAAUCAAUGUGGAAAGGCUUUCACACAGAGCUCCAGUCUUGUUAAACAUCAGAGAAUCCAUACUGGAGAAAGGCCUUAUGAGUGUAAUCAAUGUGGAAAGGCUUUCAUAUUCCCCUCCAAUCUUGCUGCACAUCAGAGAAUUCACACUGGAGAGAAAUGUUAUGAAUGUAAUCAGUGUGGAAAGGCUUUCACAGAGAAGUCCAGUCUUGCUAAACAUCAGAGAAUCCACAAUGGAGAGAAACCAUUUGAAUGUAAUCAGUGUGGAAAAACUUUCACACAGAGCUCCAAUCUAGUUAGACAUCAGAGAAUCCACACUGGAGAGAAACCUUUUAAAUGUAAUCAGUGUGGAAAGGCUUUCACAUUGAAGUCCAGUCUUGCUCAACAUCAAAGAAUCCAUACUGGAGAAAAACCUUAUAAAUAUAAUGAACAUGAAAAAACCUGUGAUUAUCCAAAAGAGAAUAAAUGAAAAUAGAAAAAUAAAAGGGAAGAAAAAAAGAAUUUUCAUUUCUGAAUUCUCUCCUCACCUCUCACCUUUUCCUCAUUUAAUGUUAAGGCAACAAGUAUAAUACAGUUAGACAUGGGAAAACAUGGAAAAUUUUAUCAUGCUGAAAGAUAAGAAAAAUACGCUUUAAUGUCUACUCAUACUCCAUUGAAUCCCUCUCUGACCGUGGAUAACCUUUUCAUCCUACUUCCUUCAGAAUUAUCCUGGAUCACUGUAUUAAUCAGCAUAACUAUAUCAUUCAGAGUUGAUCAUUAUACAGUGUUGUUGCUCUGUACAGUGAUCUCCUGCCUCUGCACAGUUUACUCUUCAAUUCAUAUCAGUCUUUCAAGGCUUUUCUGAAACUAUUCUACUCUUCAUGUCUUAUAGCAGAAUAUUGUGCCAUCACUGUCAAAUACCCUAAGUAGCUCAGUUAUUCUCCUGCUGAUACACAUUUCCUUAAUUUCUAAUUCUUUGCCACUCCAAAAAAUACAUCUAUAGAUAUUGUUUUUUCCUUUUCCUUUGGUUUCCUUGGGAUACAGGCUUAUCAAUAGUAUUGCUGGGUUAAUGGUUUUGUAAUUUGAUUACUCUUUGGGGAGUUCCAAAUUGUUCUCCCAAAUGGUAGGUCAGUUCAGCAACAAUGUUGUUUCACCAACAAUUCAUUAAUAUCCCAGUUUUUCCACAUUUCCUCCAACAUUUGUUAUAAUCCCUUUUUUUCCUUUGAUAGGUAUGAUGUAGAUCAGAUUUGUUUUAAUUUGCAUUUCUCUAAUCACAAGUGAUUUAAGAUAUAGAAGAAAUCACAAGUGAUUUCAGAUAUAGGUCCAAUCUAGCUACGCACCAGAGAAUCCACAUUGGAGAGAAAUCUUUUGCAUUUCUUCUGAAAACUACCUUUUUGUGUCUUUUGACCACUUAUCAUUUGGAGAAUGACUUUGAUCCAAUUCCCUAUAUAUGAGACUUGAGGCUUUUAUCAAAACAAUUCUUAUAAAUUGCCCCUUUCCCCCUAUUUUCUUGAUUUUUUUUUCUAAACCAUAGCGAAUUGCUUUUGUUUUUGUAAAAUUUUUGUAAUUUCAUGUAAUCAAAAUGAUCCACUGUUGGAGUCCAGCUUCUGUAGUGAAUUAAAGGUGUGGAAACAUACCAGGACCAGGCAGAGAAGUGUAGAUUAUGGACUUUUCAAAGUUUAUUGAUCAGAGAGACAAAUAUAUAUAUACUUCAAAUGCUCAUAGACUUGAUACAAAGUACAUUCUUUGAAGUUCCUAUAGUUUUAACAAACAAGAUCUACUGAGAUGUAAAUGAUUAAGCCCUCAUCUUGGUUAAUUAGAGAUGCAAAUAGUUGAAAUACCUAUCAGGGUAAAGGUUAUUAUAUCAUUGUCUCAAGUAUCUGCUUUUAGUCUCUAUUGUGGGCUCUUUUUCCUGUCCUAAAUUCAAAGGUUUGCCUUUAAUCCAAAGAGUAGUGUUUGCAUUUUGUUCAGUCAAUAGAUUAUUAAUUUAUUAUAUUGACAAGCAAUCUCUGCUAUUUCAAUAAGAAAAGGGAGUUUUGGUGAGCAAAGUUACGGUAAGAUUCAAGAUCUGGAAUGGAUUCUUCCUCCUGGCCCUCUACAAUCCAUUUUGCUAUCCUUGAAUCUCUUCCGUGUUUGGACAUAGUACUGAAUUGUUCUCCAGAAGGUGGACAGUUUACAGUUCUACAACAGUGCAUUGAUAUCCCAGUUUUUCCACAUUGCCUCCAACCUUUAUUUCCCUUCCUUUUUUCAUAUCACCAAACUUGAAAGGUAUAAUAUUGUAGCUCUGAUUUGUUUUAAUUUGCAUUUCUGCAGUUGGUAGUGAUUUAGAAAUUUUUUUCAGGUAUUCCUAUAGUAGGCUGUAAUUCCUUUUUUUGAAAGCUGCCCUUUCAUAUCCUUUGACCACUUAUGAAUUAGAGAUUGACUCAAAUAUUUAUAACUCUGAUAGGUCUAGUUCCCUAUAUAUUUGAUAAUUGAAGCUUUUAUCAAAGAAACUUUUGAGCUAUUUCCAUUCUUCUUUUAUAGACAGACAGAGCAUAGCACUUUUUCUUAUCAGGGCAUGUCAUUCUGGGGGUCUUUUGCUAAAGAUUCCCAUGUCAUGCAAUCAAUUCCAAAGUUCUUUUUAUCUUUUAAAAAUUCCUUUUUCCUUG